GAGCGUUGCUGCAGAGCGUGGGGUUUCCCAUAGUUUAUUGCAGGGUUACCGCGCCCAUCUCGCGGUUUGAUUGCCGGGUGAAGUAGUGACUGAGUAGUACCGAGAAAGAGUUUAGGGCGGCCAAAGGGGAAGUGGCUUCUAAAUGAAAUAUACAUCGGGAACAGACAGUAGUGGAAAUUGAUUAUUGAGAUUGGCAAUAAGCCUACUUGCACUUUGCAGCAGGGAUCUGUGUCCCGUCAUCAGCAGGGAGUGGUGUGAUUUUUACCCCCCCCCCCCCCCCCGGUUGGUCCAGGUUGUUGAAAAAGCUUACUGGCCAGCCUGGUUACGUUUGGGAAGGGUUGCUCCUCUGAAAGCUAGCUAGUUUGUAAACUAGCUGUUCGUUGAUGCGUGGAUUGGAGGAAUAACUACACCGUUACCUUUUCCAGUCAAUGCUAAAUAAACAAGCCAACGCCAACUGAGAAAAAGAUUAACGACUGUCCCAGCAGCUGGAGCGAGACAGACCUACUAGCAGGGCAAAAUGAGUGAACUGGACCAGUUACGCCAGGAGGCUGAGCAGCUCAAAAACCAGAUCAGAGAUGCCAGGAAAGCAUGUGCAGAUGCCACGCUAUCACAGAUCACAGCCAAUAUUGAUCCUGUUGGCCGUAUUCAGAUGCGCACAAGAAGAACACUGAGGGGGCAUUUGGCUAAGAUCUAUGCCAUGCAUUGGGGCACUGAUUCCAGGCUCUUGGUCAGUGCUUCCCAAGAUGGCAAACUCAUAAUUUGGGACAGCUAUACCACUAACAAGGUCCAUGCCAUUCCUUUGCGUUCUUCCUGGGUCAUGACCUGCUCAUAUGCACCUUCAGGAAACUACGUGGCAUGUGGAGGCCUGGACAACAUCUGCUCUAUUUACAACCUGAAGACACGUGAGGGGAAUGUACGUGUGAGCCGGGAGCUCGCUGGACACACGGGUUAUCUGUCCUGCUGUCGCUUCGUUGAUGACAACCAGAUUAUUACAAGCUCUGGAGACACCACCUGUGCCCUUUGGGAUAUUGAGACUGGCCAGCAGACAACUACAUUUGCUGGUCACAGUGGUGAUGUCAUGAGCCUAUCAUUGGCCCCUGACACUAGGCUAUUUGUCUCAGGUGCUUGUGAUGCCUCGGCUAAACUCUGGGACGUCAGAGAGGGCAUGUGCAGACAGACCUUCACUGGGCAUGAGUCUGACAUCAAUGCCAUAUGUUUCUUCCCCAAUGGCAAUGCCUUUUGUACGGGCUCUGACGACGCCACCUGCAGACUCUUCGAUCUUCGUGCCGACCAGGAGCUGAUGUGCUACUCGCAUGACAACAUCAUUUGUGGCAUCACCUCUGUUGCUUUCUCCAAGAGUGGCCGUCUCCUCCUAGCUGGAUAUGACGACUUCAACUGCAACGUGUGGGACACACUGAAGGCUGACCGUGCUGGUGUGUUGGCUGGACAUGACAACCGUGUUAGCUGCUUGGGAGUCACCGACGAUGGCAUGGCAGUUGCAACAGGAUCCUGGGACAGUUUUCUCAAGAUCUGGAAUUGAAACCUGAAGAUGUCAUUUUGAACUCCAAAGUUGACUGGAAGACCAUUACAACAACUUGAGAAUGUUAAAUGUCAUAGCAUCUUCUUCAACACCGUUUUAAACUGACUUGGACACCACAAACUAAGGGAAACCAAUGCCUUUCCUACACAAGAAGAGCACAAUUGUUUGUCAACUAGUUAAAAAGAAGAGUUCCUGUGGUAUCAAAUCAAAAACUUGUGCAUUCCUUCUUGGACCCUUUUAUGUUACCUUGAAUGACAAAACACUAUCAUCCCAUGCAAAUGUAUGUCUUGAAAGCAAAUGUUUGAGCGUAAUUGUACAAAUUAUUUAACUUUCUUUUUUUUAAAGAAUUCUAUUCUCUGAUGGUUUGUUUUAUUCAGUUGCUUUCGUUUGUCAGGUUCUUUUCAAAUAAAGCUUGUCAUAUUAAUCCAAUUUAAUCAUGUAAGAAAGCUGAGACAAAAUAAAACAUGCAGAAAGCAUGAAAGCAAAAUAUUGACCAGAUUACAGGAGCUGCGUUCAGAAAACGUCAAUGAUGUAUUUAUUUGCCAGCUAAUUUUGUUUCAUCACGGCUUUUUUUUGUACAAAAAUAAAAUGUGCUUGAACUAAUACUGUAACUAAGCACAUGCUAUAAAUUGUGAUGAAUGCUAAUUCCAAUACAGAAGUAGUUCAUGAGUAACUUAAUUUCAGUUAACCCCUUAACUCUGUCUUAAUUGGGUGGAGUAGGGAAUAGGGGUUUAGGGUGGGUUUUGUGAUUGUUGGGGCUGGAUUUAGUUUAAUGGAUGGGGAUUUUUGUAAGUGUCCACUUAGUGAAAGACCAUCUGACUAACAGACACCUUUCCUGUGCUUGAAACAGUUGCUAUUCUGUGAAUGAAAUGUACAAAUCAAUGUCUGAAAAUAAUUCUCUGAAAUUUUGUUUUGUCUGCCAUGGGUUAAUUUAAGCAUGCAUGCUGUAGAAUUGCUUUCCACGAUGCAAAGAUCCAAGUCAUCUGUCUUGUUCAUAAGUUGUAACCGGUUAACUAUUUUAUUUUGGCUAAACACUGCAUAUGUACUUACACUGGCAAAGCUAUGCACCAGAGUAAUUGAAAGUGAAGAAUGGAUUUCCUAUUGACUGCAGACUCCAUGUGAAAUAUCAUACCAGUUCUAAUGAUGCCAUUUUUUUUUUAUAAUUCAUAGUGCACCUUUUUUGAUUAACCUCCUUUAAAUGUUCACACCCAAUGGAACAAAAACAUGUUCUCUGAUUUAUGCCCUUACUAAUUUUGUAAUUUCUUUUCUUGGUCUUAAGUCAUAGCAUCUGAAUGGCAGAAGAAAACAAUUCUCCACUGUACAGAAGCACUUUCUUUAAUAGUUGACAUUUUUCACUUUUUCUGUGAUGUACAAUACAUGUGAUCUAUUUGUGUGUGUGGCCACAAGUAAAAAUGAAUUGCAAUUCUAUUGAGAUGGGUUUCCUUUUCUCCUUCCAUUGAUAAGAUGGAGCUCUGCACCCUUUUCACAUUUUUUUGUAUUUUAUUUUCAAUAUUUUGUCCUGCGUUUACACAGGCAGCCCAAUUAUUGACACGUGCUGAUCUGAUUGGUCAAAAGUCCAAAUAGUGAAAAAAAAGAACAAUUGGUCUGCCUGUUUAAACAGCCUUGGUGUUCCACAAUGAGCUGGAUCAAGAUACUGUACUAAAAUGUACUGUUAUUGAAAAUGUAAUAAAAAGCCGUUUGAGAUGUCUUGUUCUUAACCUA